AAGUUUGAACCUUUUCAAGAAAGUUAAAAAUUGUUCGAGUCCAGUACCCAAAAUUUUCUUCUUCUGAUGAAUCCCCAUAUGGAAACACAGUUUUCAUAUAUUUCCCUUAUUUGUGGUCUUCGCUGGUUUUAGGGUUUUCAAUGCCAUUGUCGUUGAAUAUACUCUCUGGAUCUGAGGAGCUUUUCAGUGCUUGUUGCCUUUCCCAGUGAAAUUUGAGACUGGUGUUUUAGAACUUUGUCGUUCAGGACCAGAUGGGACAUUCUGCAGCAGUGUGGGAUUGCAAGGCAGCCAUUGAGAUGUCAAAGGACUGGAAUGGGAUCGAACAGAUCCUGCUUAGGAACCCACAAGGGGCUUCUGCUCGGGUUAGCGUGCACGGAGGACAGGUUGUUUCUUGGAGGAAUGAACGAGGGGAGGAACUCCUAUUCACCAGCAGUAAGGCAAUCUUUAAGCCCCCGAAAGACAUUCGAGGUGGAAUCCCCAUUUGCUUCCCACAGUUUGGAAAUUGUGGGUCACCGGAGCAGCAUGGUUUCGCUAGGAACAAGAUUUGGGUUAUUGAUGAAAAUCCACCACAGCUGCACCCUAAUGAUUCCCAUUGCAAAUCUUUUAUUGACUUGCUGCUUAAACCAUCCGAAGAAGACCUCAAGUGCUGGCCCCAUAGUUUCGAGUUUCGUCUUAGGGUAUCCCUUUCUGCAGAUGGUGAUCUGAUUUUGAUAUCACGUGUUAGAAAUGUCAAUGGCAAGCCAUUUAGUUUCUCGUUUGCAUACCACACUCACUUGUCAGUUUCUGAUAUCAGUGAAGUUAGGAUAGAAGGAUUGGAGACUCUUGACUACCUAGACAGCCUUUGCCAAAGAGAACGGUUUACAGAACAAGGAGAUGCCGUGACUUUUGAAUCCGAGAUUGAUCGAGUCUACCUUAAUUCUCCAAGUAUUGUUGCCGUACUUGAUCAUGAAAAGAAGCGGACAUUUGUUAUAAAAAAGGAAGGACUACCAGACUGCGUGGUAUGGAAUCCAUGGGAGAAGAAAUCAAAAUCAAUGGCAGACUUUGGUGAUGAGGAGUACAAGCAGAUGCUGUGUGUUAAUGGAGCUGCCAUUGGGAGGCCUAUCACCCUGAAGCCAGGUGAGGAAUGGACAGGGCGAUUGGAGCUCUCGGUUGUGUCUUCAAGUUUUUGUAGCGAGCAGUUUGAUCUUCAGAGGCAAAGUUUCUGAGCAGUUUUUUGCCUUGCUCAUAGCUUUAAUUUCAGGAAUCAUCGUCAGUAAUUUUAAAUCAACUGUAAGUAUGAACCUGAAAGUAUCUGAGAGAGACACUGAAGGGUUCCAUUUCCACAGCGAGGGUGGCAGGCCUAAAGUUUUUGAGAUGGUUGUCAAACCCUGCUUCACGAAUCCUGGAAAGAAUUUCUUUUUAUUUUCUGAUUAAUUCUGAAACAUGUCAUCUGUAGAAAAGUAUCAUUGCAGCUCAAUGAUUCAGGUUUGAUUUUCUAUUAUUUUCUUUUCACUAGAACUCUAGAAGUCAUACUUGGCAAGCACAAAUACCAAAAUGUUUUUUUGA